AUGAAGUCCGACUUCAAGUUCUCUAACCUUCUAGGCACGGUCUAUAGACAGGGGAAUAUCGUGUACAGUGAUGAUGGCACCAAGCUCUACAGUCCGGUAGGAAACAGAGUCACCUGUUUCGAUUUGGUCAACAAUAAAUCUUUCACUUUUGACUACGAACACCGCAAGAAUAUCGCCCGCAUAGCAUUGAAUAAGAACGGUACGUUGCUUUUCUCGGUGGACGAAGAUGGACGGGCCAUUUUGGUUAAUAACGUGGCGAGAACCGUGCUUCAUCACUUUAAUUUCAAAGACAAAGUAUCAGACUUGCAAUUCAGUCCUGACGGCCAUUACUUUGCCGUGGCAUCCGGCAGAUUCAUUCAAACGUGGAAGACACCAGAUUUCUCUGAAGAUCGACAGUUUGCUCCGUUUGUAAAACAUCGUAAUUACGCUGGCCACUAUGCUGAUGUAACUUCGGUCACCUGGUCCAAUGACUCUCGAUUCUUCGUUUCCACAUCCAAAGACUUGACUACGAAGAUAUUUUCGCUUCGGUCCGAGGAAAAAGAUGUGGCGAUGACGUUGGCGGGCCACAGAGACUAUGUAAUCAAGGCAUUUUUCAACGCAACGCAAGAAAUUAUUUACACAGUGAGCAAGGAUGGUGCCCUUUUCAAAUGGGAAUACACAGAAAGACCAUCAGAGCUGUCCGAUGAAGAAAGCGAAGAUGAAGAAGACGAGAAUAUGGAAGAAGAGACCAAACCUAUGAGCUGGCGAAUUACUGCAAAAUCAUUCUUUUAUGCCGAUGCCAACCUCAGGUGUGCAACUUUCCACCCAGAAUCUAAUAUCAUGGUUGUGGGAUUCACCAACGGUGAGUUUCGUAUCUACGAGCUUCCAGAAUUCAAUUUGAUUCAAAAACUCAGCAUGGGCCAGAAUGCCGUCAACACUGUAAAUAUUAAUAAGUCAGGUGAAUGGCUCGCCUUUGGGUCCUCAACUUUGGGACAGCUUCUCGUGUACGAAUGGCAAUCGGAAUCAUAUAUUCUCAAGCAACAAGGUCACUUUGACUCCACAAAUUGUGUGUGUUACUCGCCUGAUGGUUCUCGUGUUGUAUCUGCUUCUGACGAUGGUAAGAUUAAAGUAUGGGAUGUUGUGUCAGGAUUCUGCUUGGUGACGUUACAAGAGCACACAGCCGCAGUCACAGGGUUAAGCUUCGCCAAAAAAGGGCAGGUACUCUUCUCGUCUUCACUUGACGGAACGGUAAGGGCUUGGGAUUUAAUAAGAUUCCGUAAUUUCAGGACCUUCACAGCCACCGAGAGAGUACAGUUCAAUUGCUUGGCAGUAGAUCCAAGUGGAGAAGUGGUGGUUGCUGGAUCGCAAGAUACAUUUGAAAUUUUCGUGUGGUCUGUGCAAACGGCACAAUUACUCGACUCUCUUUCUGGCCACGAAGGACCUGUUUCGUGCCUUGCUUUCGGCAGCGAAAACUCUGUGUUGGCAUCGGCUUCAUGGGACAGAACUGUACGUAUCUGGAGUAUAUUUGGACGCACCCAGAGCGUUGAACCCAUAGAAGUUCAAUCGGAUGUGUUGGGGAUUUGCAUGCGUCCCGACUCCAAAGAGGUUGCUGUAUCCACCUUGGAUGGCCAUAUCACCAUUUUUGAUAUCGAAGACGCCAAGCAAUUACAUUUGAUCGACGCAAGAAAAGAUAUAUUGAAGGGAAGGCAUUUGGAGGACAGAUUUGAAGCCAAAAAUUCCGCCCGUGCAACAUAUUUCAGUACCAUUGAUUAUUCCUUUGACGGGCUCAGUUUGGUUGCUGGUGGAAACAAUAACUCCUUGUGUCUCUACGAUAUUUCGAAUGAGGUGCUUUUGAAGAGGUUCACAGUGUCUCAGAAUAUGCAAUUCAACGGAACCCUUCAGCAGUUGAACAGUAAGCGAAUGACAGAGGCUGGCGCUAUUGACUUGAUAGAUCGUGAUGGAGAAAAUAGUGAUUUGGAGGACCGUAUUGACACUAGCCUUCCUGGAUCUCAUCGCGGAGAUCCUAGUGCGAGAAAUGUCCGACCACAAAUACGAGUCACAUCGGUUUCUUUUUCACCCACUGCUUCAGCUUUUACCGCUGCCUCUACCGAGGGACUUUUGGUGUACUCGGUUGACGAGUCUUUGAUCUUUGAUCCUUUCGAUUUGGACGUGGAUAUCACUCCGGAAUCAACCAUAGAGUCGCUCAGCGAAAAAGAAUACCUAACUGCGUUAGUCAUGGCGUUCAGACUCAACGAACACUACCUUAUCCAACGAGUUUACGAGUCUGUUCCGGUCAAAGAUAUUCAAUUGGUGAGCGAAGAUUUACCAGUAGUCUACUUGGACCGAAUUCUCAACUUUAUUGGCAGCAUCGCAAUGGAGUCUCCUCACUUGGAGUUCAAUGUCAAGUGGAUCCAGUGUCUUGUGACGAGCCACGGAAAAUACAUAUCUAGUCACAAGCAUCAAUUUGCUAGCUCGAUACGGCUUUUGCAGCGAUUUCUUAACAGAAUUGCCAAAGAUGUUGUGGACACAACCAAGAGAAAUGGUCACUUGGCGUCGUAUUUACAGUCUGCCCAGGCCAUUGAAGAGAAUGGUUUGGAGGAGAAUGGAUCGAUGAAAGAUGAAGAGAGCGAAGAAGACGACGAAAUGAAUGGAGAGGAAGAGGACUCGGAUGAAGAAGGGUGGAUCGUACCGGAAAAGAAGAUGAACGGAGCAUUCAAGGAUGACGAAGAAGAGGGACUGGAUGACAGCGACGAAAACUAG